AUGACUACGUCGCCGAAUUUCAAGCAUCUUUGUUGCGAACUGGUGGAGGACUACUAUGGCGAUUUUUAUCGCACAAUUUUCGAAUGUCUAGCGUCGGCAAGGUUCACUGCACCACAAGUCGCCCAGAAAUGUCAUCUACCUCUUCGUCAGGCCAGAGCAGGCCUGGCAGGUCUCGUACAAUUACGCAUGGUUUAUCAUCAUACUCCACGUGAUGCUGCCACUGUCUAUUCGGCAAAUUUGACCAAUGCUUACGAUAUCAUUCGAACUGGGCGUUUGGCACAGGAGGCUGCAAGAACCCAUGGCGAUCUAGCAGCUACUAUAGUUGCUACUGCAUGUGAAUUGGGCUUUUCAACGAUCAAUGAACUUCGAGAUCGUGUUCUGCUUGGAAUGGAUUCGGACGAAGAUUCGAAGGACGCUUCGACGGUCGACAAGCUUAUCAGCAAAUUGCUUGAUGACCAUUUUCUGGCUCAUCUCAGGAAAGCGCACUUUGGUGAAGUACACGACGUCAGACGUGAGAUCGAACUCAAAUUGCUGUCUCCUGCCGCAAUCGCAAAACUCACUGGCACGAAAGCCAAGCAGGAACACCAGGAAAAUAUCAACCGUAACUACGACAGUGUCGUGACCACAUCUACCUCCGAGCACGGCUAUACUAAUGGCCAUUACCUGCAAUCCCAUCGUCAGCAGAAUGGAAACGGCAUGGAAGGAGUCAUCAUGAAUGGCCAUCACACCACGGCGAGCAUUUUGAUACAACCCAACUUCUACAAGAUCGUUGAAAUUGCACAGAUUGAGGUAGUGGGUGACCAGGCUCGCAAGACGUUUGGCAAGCGUGGUGCAACCAUACUAAAGUGUGCAAUCCGCCAGGCAGCAGUUCCCGACAUUUGGUCAAAACCUCCACCUUCUGAAAUGCCCUCACACCAAAUUAAUACCUACAAACUCCUGGAAGAGGUCAAUGACGAGCAACAGCGAGAAGGGGGCAGAUAUAUGUCUCAUACUAAUGGCACGUUGAUCAACGGAAACGGCAACCAUCAUAAUUCUGAAAGUGCUCCUGAAGUCUCAGUGGACGAUCUAGAAAACGAACUGAUGCUGCUAACAGAAUCAAUAUUCCACUCUUGGCUUGAGGACGUCGGCCGCUCAACAUAUCAGAUUCAUAAAGGACCUCUUGAUCUUUGGACACGCACAGAAGAAAUACUCCGUAUUCUUGACAGCCGUCUCGACCCACCAGCGCCUCGAAUACUACGCAUAUUAAUCGACAAAGGGAAACUUGAGGAAAGAACACUUCAGGAAAUUGGUCUAUUAGGCGCGAAAGAACUGCGGCAGAGUCUGUCGAUGUUGAAACAGAUGGGCUAUCUAGAGCUUCAAGAGGUUCCUCGAAACCCGGCAAGGCAGCCGAACCAGACAGUGUUCCUGUGGUCUUACGAACAGGCGCGUGUUGCGACAUUGACGCUCGAACACAUAUACACAGCUAUAGUCAGAUUACUACAGCUACUGAAGCUGGAGAGAAAGAAGUUAGCUGGCACCCUGACAAAGAUUGAACGGGAAGACGUAAAAGGCAAAGAGGAGGAGAUGCUGGCGCCAGGAGAAUUUAUCGUCUUGAGCAGGUUCAGACGUGUAGAGAGCUGGGUUUGGGGCGAGAUUCAAAGGCUGGAUUUCAGCGUGGCUAUACUAAGAGACAUAUGA